CCUAUCACUUCUUCAAGCAUGCUAUUCAUCCACCGAUGCCGAUUCGAUUGCAAACCUGGAAACUCAAUCGAUCGAUUGCAAGUCGAUCGGAUAAAUUGAUCAGAGUCCUAGCUUAGCGGCUCGUUUCGCGAUACUUUUUCCUCGAUUGGAUCGAGAGAGAAGCAUCGCCAUGGCGGCGGCAGCGGCGGCAUCUAAGCUACUCAGCGCCGGAACCAAGAUCGUCGCCGUUGGGCGCAACUACGUUGCCCACGCCAAGGAGCUCGGCAACGCUGUCCCUAAGGAGCCGGUGUUGUUCAUGAAGCCGACCUCGUCCUAUCUUCAAAAUGGAGGGACGAUUGAGGUUCCGCACCCUCUAGAAUCGUUGGAUCAUGAGGUUGAGUUGGCUGUCGUCAUUGGGAAGAAGGCGCGUGAUGUCUCCGAGGCUUCUGCCAUGGACUAUGUCGGAGGGUAUGCACUUGCUUUGGAUAUGACGGCAAGAGAAAUCCAAUCUGUCGCCAAGGCAGCAGGCCUUCCUUGGACAGUGGCCAAAGGACAGGACACAUUCACUCCGAUUAGCGCAGUGCUUCCAAAAGCAAUGGUAGUUGACCCUGACAAUCUGGAGUUGUGGCUAAAGGUAGAUGAUGAAAUUAGACAGAAAGGGUCUACCAAUGACAUGAUCUUCAAACUUCCAUUUCUCAUCAGCCACAUCAGUUCAUUUAUGACUCUUUUUGAAGGAGAUGUGAUUUUGACUGGAACUCCUUCGGGCGUCGGUCCAGUGAAGGUGGGUCAAAAGGUUUCGGCAGGCAUAACAGGCUUGAUCGACAUCCACUUCGAUGUUCAGAGACGCCUAAAGCCAUUGAGCAGCUAGGUUAGUCCGGAACUGAAACACUUCUCUGUAAAAUAAAUGAGUCGAACUGCUUCACAGUUGCCUCAGAGAUGUUUCAAUAAAAUCUGCUUCUUCCCCUGUGAAGAUUGAAUGUCAUGUUGUAAUAUUUGAUUAGUGUUUGCUCAUAGUGAAACUUCUUGUAUUUCAAAUCUUGGCAUCUACUUUUGUGUGCGUCUCCCGUAAUUUAUCUAUUGGUAUUUAGCGGGGGCAAGUGAUAUUGGACAGUCGGAGGUGAAUAUUAUCACUUUUUGUUCCAA